CGGCGGCGGCGGCAGUGGCGCGGGGCGUGGUCCGUGGAAGGCGUACCGGACUCAGACCAAAAUAAGAGGUGCAGAGGGUCCAGGGUUGACUCGUGGCGGCGGAGAGUGACCUGCGGUCUUGUAUUAAGAACGGAGGCUUCGGACUGAACGGGCGUCGCUCUGAGGGUUCUCGACCCAGGAUGACUUCAGUGACUAGAUCAGAGACUGUAGAAGUGCUAGAAGAGGAACCAGUGACAUCUAAGACUCAUGAUCAUCAAAUGGAAUCAAAUCCCAAUCCUGUGGAAGUGUGUACUAAAUCGUCUGCCUCCCUGGAGAUGACUCAAGGAGUUUCAAAGGAAAGAAGUCACGUUGGCUGUAGCCCUCAAAAAGGGGAGUGUUGUGAUCUCAGCCACGAGGAAGGACUUCAGCCCAGGUCCCUUCAUUUGUCUCCCCAAGAACAGUCUGCCCAUCAUCGAGACAGAAGGCAGUCCUGGCGGCGAGCAAGUAUGAAAGAAAUCAACAGGCGGAAGUCACUGCCUCCCUUUCAUCAGGGCAUCACAGAGCUCAGCAGAUCCAUCAGCGUCGACCUAGCAGAAAGCAAACGGCUUGGCGCUCUCCUGCUUUCCAGUUUCCAGUUCUCUGUUCAGAAACUUGAACCUUUCCUAAAAGGCACUGAGGGCUUCAGUCUUGAAAGUUUUAGAGCCAAAGCAUCUUCUCUUUCUGAAGAAUUAAAACAUUUUGCAGACAGACUGGAAAGUAAUGGAACUCUACAGAAAUGUUUUGAAGAUACAAAAGGAAAAGCAUCAGAUUUGUCUCUGGAAGCAUCAGUGGCUGAGAUGAAGGAAUACAUAACAAAGUUUUCCUUAGAACGUCAGACUUGGGAUCAGCUCUUGCUGCACUAUCAGAAGGAGGCUGAGGAGAUCUUAUCCAGAGGAUCAACUGAAACAAAAAUGACUGAAGUUGAACCUACAGCAUAUCUUGGGUCUUCCCAGAAUGAAGUCCUUAAUACAAAGCCUGAUUACCAGAAAAUAUUACAGAACCAGAACAAAGUCUUUGAUUGUAUGGAAUUGGUGAUGGACGAAUUGCAAGGAUCAGUGAAGCAGUUGCAUGCCUUUAUGGACGAAAGUACCCAGUGCUUCCAGAAGAUGUCAGUACAACUCAGCAAGAGAAGUACGCAACAAUUAGAUUCUUCACCAGCUCGAAAACUGCUCAAGCUUCAGUUACAAAACCUGCCUACAGCACAUUGUUCUAAAUCUUGUCAGUGA